AAAUUUAUGGGGUGUGCCACAGAAUUUUAGUAAUUAGUUUAUGUGUGCCGUAAGACGAAAAAGGUUGAAAAUCACUGUCAUACAGACUUGACCUAUAUAAAUAGAUGAAUAGCACCAGUAGACCAUGUGCUUCAGAAACCACCUGAACCUUUUUUUCUGUACAAGGCAGUUCAGAGCCAUGUCUACAAUACUGCAGAGGGAAUACCUUUACUGCUAAAUGCAUACAUGAACCCUAGCUCCACUUCUCCCAUGAUUGUUUUUUCAGACUACCCUGCUGUCCACUGGAAGGGAAGGGACUCUUCUGGAUUCUUAGGAGGUGAGGAGAAACUAUGACAACAGAAAGGUUCCCUAAACCCAGGAGGGAAAGGCCUUCAGACUCAUGGGAUGGAACAGUGAUCCUGACUCACCAGUGAUUAAUAUAAGGCAUUUCCUUGAUCUUGAGUGAAGGCUAUAUGCAUUUUCAGGGAGUUAGUUUUGAACCUUUCUGCAUCUAGGAGGAAUAUGGGAGGUAGUAAUGUCUUUCUUUGAAAUUGACACCGUUGCUACUAUACUAGUCAAUUGAUAGUUCUAUAGUUUUGAUGUAUCUGAUGCUGCCAUCUGAAUGAAAAGCAUUUAAUCAGGUUUUUAAUACCUUUAAGUAUUUAAAAAUAAAUUUUCUGCUAUCUUACAUUCUAGACAGUUCCUUCUUUAUCACUGUCUAAUUUUGCCAUUUAAUCCAAUAAGUCAUGAAGAUAACACAGACACAUAUUAGCUUGCUAAGUAUUAUUAAUCUUUUUAGUUACAUUAAUAUGCAGGGUUUUUGUUAGUGACUACUUGGUUACUGUAUUUUGCAAUUUUUAUUCAUUUACAUAUGCCUGAUUUAGAAAUUCAGAAGAGGAAAAUCUGAGGAGGAAUUACUAAGAGACUAGUUUACAGCUUUAAGGCAUGAGGAGCUUACAGUUUUUAAAUAUAAAUCGUUCCCAGAAUCCAUGUCACAGCUCCUUAUAUGGUGCUGCUUUUUUUCCCCCUCAGUUGCUAUGACAACGGCAGCACUGCACCAUUCAUCAGCUCUGGACCUGGGCUGUAUUGCUAGCCUUCCGUGUUACUCCUGAAUGUUCAGAACAUCCGUGAAUCAUUCACUAUGUUAAUACUGCGCCAUUAGAAACCUCAGAACCAAUUCUUCCAGCAAUCUGCUUGAACAGAAGGGUAAACUAAACUGCGCCACGGAGAAAAAUUGUAUAAAAUAUUUCUUAUUUUCCUAAGGGAAUCAUACAAUCUAUAUUUGCUGCAGUAUUUUGAAAGGAUAAGUUUAUGUCAGGCAGUCUAAUGAAAAUAACUCAUCUGUGUAAUCUGUCUUGAAAUCAUUAGCUGUUCAAAAAAAAUAGCACAUUGCAUCUCUGGAUCCAAAAAGAAGCAGGUGAUGUUGUUAGGGGUUCUAAGCUCCUUUGGGAGUAUCACUUGUGCUUUGGGACCAUAAUCAACAUUUGCUGUAAGAAGUAUCACCUGUAACACACAGUAAGUUCUGGGCAGUGUGAAGAGCUGGCUGGAGAAGAUUCAAGUGUGGAUCAUUAUCGAUGUGUCAGAUCUGAUAACGACAUGGCCAGUGAAUAAGAAGAAGCCUUUCAGGUUUUCUGGAGAAAAGGCUAUAUAAUAUUGAUUAAUGAGGAAGAGAAACUAAAGCCUGUGAUGCUGAACAGGAACUUGGUCCCCCUCCAUCUGUAGAUGAGGCAGCAAACACACUCAUGACUCGUCUGGGUUUCCUACUUGGAGAGAAAGUCACAGAAGUUCAGCCAGGUGACCAAUACAACAUGGAAGUACAGGAUGAAAAUCAGACCUCAACGAUCACCCAACGGAUAAGUCCGUGUUCCACCCUGACUAGCAGUACUGCCUCUCCACCAGCCAGUAGCCCCUGCUCUACCCUCCCACCAGUCAGUACAAAUGCAACAGCCAAGGACUGCAGCUAUGGGGCUGUCACUAGUCCAACCUCCACCCUUGAAAGCAGAGAUAGUGGCAUCAUUGCUACGUUGACAAGCUAUUCUGAAAAUGUAGAACGCACAAAAUACGUUGGGGAAAGCAGUAAAGAAUUAGGAUCUGGAGGAAACCUAAAACCUUGGCAGUCUCAAAAAUCCAGCAUGGAUUCCUGUUUAUACCGAGUAGAUGAAAACAUGACGGCUUCCACCUAUAGUCUGAACAAGAUCCCAGAGAGGAAUUUGGAAACCGUUUUAUCGCAAUCAGUACAGUCUAUUCCUCUGUAUCUAAUGCCGCGACCAAAUUCAGUAGCAGCCACAAGUUCUGCCCACUUGGAGGACCUUGCUUACCUGGAUGAGCAGAGACAUACACCUUUGAGAACUUCUCUUCGAAUGCCAAGACAGAGCAUGAGUGGUGCUCGCACACAACAGGAUUUAAGAGUUCGCUUUGCACCUUAUAGACCUCCAGAUAUCUCCUUGAAGCCUCUGCUCUUCGAAGUGCCCAGCAUCACUACAGAGUCAGUAUUUGUUGGCCGGGAUUGGGUUUUCCAUGAAAUAGAUGCUCAACUUCAAAGUUCAAAUGCCAACGUGAACCAAGGAGUAGUGAUUGUGGGAAACAUUGGGUUUGGCAAAACUGCCAUCAUCUCCAGGCUUGUGGCCCUCAGCUGCCACGGGACACGGAUGAGACAGAUCGCCUCGGACAGCCCACAUGCCUCCCCCAAACAUGUGGAUGCCAACAGAGAGCUGCCACUCACACAGCCACCUUCAGCCCACUCAUCCAUCACCAGUGGAAGCUGUCCAGGAACUCCGGAAAUGCGCAGGCGGCAGGAGGAAGCUAUGCGGAGACUAGCCUCACAGGUGGUAGCCUAUCACUAUUGCCAAGCAGAUAAUGCCUACACCUGCCUGGUGCCAGAAUUCGUCCACAACGUUGCUGCCCUGCUCUGCCGCUCACCCCAGCUGGCGGCCUAUCGGGAGCAGCUUCUUCGGGAGCCUCACCUACAGAGCAUGCUGAGCCUUCGGUCCUGUGUUCAGGACCCCAUGGCCUCUUUCCGGAGGGGAGUCCUGGAGCCCCUGGAGAAUCUCCACAAAGAGAGAAAAAUUCCAGAUGAAGAUUUCAUCAUCUUAAUUGAUGGAUUAAAUGAAGCAGAAUUUCACAAACCGGAUUAUGGGGAUACGAUUGUAUCAUUUCUGAGUAAAAUGAUUGGAAAAUUUCCUUCCUGGCUCAAACUAAUUGUAACAGUUAGGACCAGUUUACAGGAAAUUACCAAGCUGCUGCCUUUCCAUAGGAUUUUUUUGGAUCGACUAGAAGAGAAUGAAGCCAUAGACCAGGACCUGCAGGCUUACAUCCUGCACCGGAUACACAGCAGCUCAGAGAUCCAGAAUAACAUUUCACUUAAUGGCAAAAUGGACAAUACUACAUUUGGCAAACUCAGUUCUCAUCUCAAGACCCUCAGUCAAGGGUCCUAUCUAUAUCUGAAACUCACCUUUGACCUUAUAGAGAAAGGUUAUCUAGUGUUAAAGAGUUCUAGCUACAAAGUAGUUCCUGUUUCGCUGUCUGAGGUUUAUUUACUCCAGUGCAAUAUGAAGUUCCCGACCCAGUCUUCCUUUGACCGGGUGAUGCCUCUUCUGAAUGUGGCGGUGGCCUCUCUCCACCCACUGACUGACGAACAUAUCUUCCAGGCCAUCAAUGCUGGGAGCAUUGAAGGCACGCUAGAAUGGGAGGACUUUCAGCAGAGAAUGGAGAACCUCUCCAUGUUUCUAAUCAAGCGCAGAGACAUGACUCGUAUGUUUGUACAUCCUUCUUUUCGGGAAUGGCUUAUCUGGAGAGAAGAAGGAGAGAAAACCAAAUUUCUCUGUGAUCCCAGGAGUGGUCACACAUUACUUGCCUUCUGGUUUUCCCGCCAAGAGGGAAAACUAAACCGACAGCAGACUAUUGAACUGGGACAUCACAUCCUCAAAGCACACAUUUUUAAGGGUUUGAGUAAAAAAGUUGGUGUAUCAUCUUCCAUCCUCCAGGGCCUCUGGGUCUCCUAUAGCACAGAGGGCCUCUCCAUGGCACUGGCAUCUUUACGAAAUCUCUACACUCCAAAUGUAAAGGUCAGCAGACUGCUGAUUUUGGGAGGUGCCAACAUUAAUUACCGGACAGAGGUUUUAAAUAAUGCCCCAAUCCUGUGUGUCCAGUCUCAUCUCGGUUACACAGAAAUGGUGGCCCUGCUUUUGGAGUUUGGAGCCAAUGUGGAUGCCUCUUCUGAAAGUGGCCUGACGCCUCUGGGCUACGCCGCAGCGGCGGGCUACCUGAGCAUCGUCGUGCUGCUGUGCAAGAAACGAGCCAAGGUGGAUCACUUGGAUAAGAAUGGACAAUGUGCUUUGGUCCAUGCUGCACUCCGAGGUCAUCUGGAGGUGGUCAAGUUUUUGAUUCAGUGUGACUGGACAAUGGCUGGCCAGCAGCAAGGGGUGUUUAAGAAGAGCCAUGCCAUCCAGCAGGCCCUCAUUGCUGCAGCCAGCAUGGGCUAUACCGAGAUUGUCUCCUACCUACUUGAUCUUCCAGAAAAAGAUGAAGAGGAAGUGGAGCGAGCACAGAUCAACAGCUUUGACAGUCUCUGGGGAGAGACAGCCCUGACAGCUGCGGCCGGAAGGGGCAAACUGGAGGUGUGUCGUCUGCUCUUGGAACAAGGGGCAGCAGUGGCCCAGCCAAACCGCCGAGGGGCAGUGCCUCUAUUCAGCACUGUUCGCCAGGGCCACUGGCAGAUCGUUGACCUUUUGCUCACACACGGAGCUGACGUCAACAUGGCAGACAAGCAGGGCCGGACUCCCCUGAUGAUGGCUGCUUCCGAAGGCCACCUGGGGACUGUGGAUUUUCUGCUUGCACAAGGUGCCUCCAUUGCUCUGAUGGACAAGGAAGGAUUGACAGCCCUCAGCUGGGCUUGUUUGAAGGGUCAUCUCUCUGUAGUACGUUCUCUGGUGGAUAAUGGAGCUGCCACAGACCAUGCUGACAAGAAUGGCCGCACCCCACUGGAUCUGGCAGCUUUCUAUGGUGAUGCUGAGGUGGUCCAGUUCCUGGUGGAUCAUGGGGCCAUGAUUGAGCACGUUGACUACAGUGGAAUGCGCCCAUUGGAUAGGGCAGUGGGGUGUCGGAACACUUCUGUCGUUGUCACUCUUCUGAAGAAAGGAGCCAAGAUAGGUUGUCAGACGUUACCGAGUCGCCCACGAGGUCCAGCCACAUGGGCGAUGGCCACCUCCAAACCAGACAUCAUGAUCAUCCUGUUGAGCAAGCUGAUGGAAGAGGGGGACAUGUUUUAUAAGAAAGGUAAAGUAAAGGAGGCGGCCCAGCGCUACCAGUAUGCUCUGAAGAAGUUCCCUAGAGAAGGGUUUGGUGAGGACUUGAAAACCUUCCGGGAACUGAAGGUGUCUCUUCUCCUCAACCUCUCUCGAUGUCGCAGGAAAAUGAACGAUUUUGGAAUGGCGGAGGAAUUUGCUACUAAGGCCCUGGAGCUGAAACCGAAAUCUUAUGAAGCUUACUAUGCAAGAGCAAGGGCAAAACGCAGCAGCAGACAGUUUGCAGCAGCCCUAGAGGACCUGAACGAGGCCAUCAAGCUGUGUCCAAACAACCGUGAGAUCCAGAGACUUCUGAUGCGAGUGGAGGAGGAAUGUAGACAGAUGCAGCAGCAGCAGCAGCCGCCACCGCCACAGCCACCUCAGCAGCAGCUACCAGAAGAAACAGAACCUGAACCACAGCAUGAAGAUAUAUACUCUGUGCAAGACAUAUUCGAAGAGGAGUACCUGGAACAGGAUGUUGAAAAUGUUUCCAUUGGCCUCCAGACGGAGGCACGGCCCAGUCAGGGGCUCCCGAUCAUCCAGAGCCCACCCUCCUCUCCAGCUCACCGGGACUCUGCCUACAUCUCUAGCUCGCCGCUGGGCUCUCAUCAGGUGUUUGACUUCCGGUCCAGUAGUUCUGUAGGUUCUCCCACUAGACAGGGCUAUCAAUCCACCUCACCUGCUCUUUCUCCCACUCACCAGAACUCUCAUUACAGGCCUAGUCCGCCACAUACUUCCCCAGCUCACCAGGGUGGAUCUUACCGCUUUAGCCCCCCUCCUGUGGGAGGACAGAGCAAAGAAUACCCAAGCCCUCCACCUUCCCCUCUACGCAGAGGCCCUCAGUAUCGCGCCAGCCCUCCGGCUGAGAGCAUGAGUGUCUAUAGGUCCCAGUCCGGCUCGCCCGUGCGCUACCAGCAAGAAACAAACGUGAGUCAGCUUCCCGGCAGACCAAAAUCUCCAUUAUCCAAAAUGGCCCAGCGGCCCUACCAGAUGCCUCAGCUCCCUGUGGCAGUUCCCCAGCAAGGGCUCAGGCUACAGCCUGCAAAGGCCCAGAUUGUGAGAAGCAACCAGCCCAGCUCUGCGGUUCACUCGAGCACUGUCAUCUCCACAGGGGCCUAUGGUCAAGUAGCCCACUCGAUGGCUAGUAAAUACCAGUCUUCGCAAGGAGAUAUAGGAGUAAGUCAGAGCCGGUUGGUUUAUCAAGGGUCCAUUGGGGGGAUUGUAGGGGACGGGAGACCUGUGCAGCACGUCCAGGCCAGCCUGAGUGCAGGCGCCAUCUGUCAGCAUGGAGGGUUGGCCAAAGAAGACCUUCCACAGCGACCUUCCUCGGCGUAUCGAGGUGGCAUGAGGUACAGCCAGACACCACAGAUUGGACGUAGCCAGUCAGCAUCCUAUUACCCAGUCUGUCACUCAAAACUGGAUCUGGAGCGUUCCUCCAGCCAACUAGGUUCCCCGGAUGUGUCGCAUCUAAUCAGAAGACCUAUUGGUGUCAACCCUAAUGAAAUCAAACCUCACCCACCAACUCCCAGGCCGUUGCUACACUCCCAAAGCGUAGGCCUUCGCUUCUCUCCGUCUAGCAAUAGUAUCUCAUCCACCUCCAACCUAACUCCUACCUUCCGGCCAUCCUCCUCGAUUCAACAGAUGGAGAUCCCACUAAAACCGGCAUAUGAUAGGUCAUGUGACGAACUGUCACCAGUGUCUCCCACUCAGGGAGGUUACCCCAGUGAGCCCACCCGAUCCAGGACCACACCAUUCAUGGGGAUCAUAGAUAAAACCGCCCGGACUCAACAGUACCCCCACCUCCACCAGCAGAAUCGGACCUGGGCAGUGUCAUCUGUGGAUACCGUCCUCAGCCCCACAUCUCCAGGCAACUUGCCUCAGCCUGAGUCCUUCAGCCCGCCAUCAUCCAUCAGCAACAUUGCCUUUUAUAACAAAACCAACAAUGCACAGAAUGGCCAUUUGCUGGAGGACGAUUAUUACAGCCCCCAUGGGAUGCUGGCUAACGGGUCCCGCGGGGACCUCUUAGAGAGAGUCAGCCAGGCCUCCUCAUAUCCUGAUGUGAAGGUGGCUCGGACCCUCCCCGUGGCUCAGGCGUAUCAGGACAACCUGUACAGGCAGUUGUCUCGGGACUCGCGACAAGGGCAGACAUCCCCUAUCAAACCAAAGAGACCAUUUGUGGAGUCUAAUGUUUAAAAGACGUUUGUUGGAGUGAGACCCAUCUGUUUUCACUGCAUAUUUUCAGGCUUGGUUUCCACAUUUGAGGUAGUUCUCCAGCUUAAGUUCUCAUGUAGUUUCUGUGUGGUGUUCAGAGGUGGCAGCCCACAUGCUGAAAUCCUUUGCAUGCAGCCGACUGGGAAGCUGGCCUCCCGUGAGCCAGGACUUCGGUUUACCUUGUCUGUGCCCCAGCCACAUGCUCUCUCCCUCUCUUCAGAUGCCAACGAGGAGAUUGUUGUGCCGUGUGCUUUAUCCCAGGGAGAUCAGACACACUGGUCAGCUUUUUCCAGGAGACAAUCGCUUUCACUGAUGUUCUUGUUGUGUAAAUGUCUUCCUCCUUUUUUACAGAAAUAAGAUGUCCUUGUUCAUUUUCUUCUAGGAACUUUAGAAAGAGUAUGAUGCCCCUUUGCCUUUGCAUUUGUAUCCAGUGUUAUCCAAAUAGCCAGCCCAGUGCACUCUCGUGCCGUGGCCUCCGCCCCGGACUGCCAGCUCCCUGCCGUCAGUGGGACUUGAAUGUUCAUUUAGGUUAUUGCCGGUCGUCCUGUGGGGGUAAAGGAUCAAGGAGAAAAAGAAGAAGUAAGUCUGUUAAAUUGGAAGGAAAAAUAAUAAUAUAAUUAUUUGAAAUGACACUACAUUGAUUUUCUAAGAAGCAUUUCAGGAACAUUUAAAACAACCAGCCCUUUAAAUAUUUCAGUCAGCCAAGGAAGUUGGGUGAGGAUCAUGGAUAUUUUUUAAUAAUUCACUGAAAAAUUAUUAUUUAGAUUUUUAGCUAGUAAUUAACUCCUAAAAAUUACUGAUUUUCCAUGGGUGAGAGCAGGAAUAAAUAAAAAUAUAGAAAGAGAGAAGGAAAGACUGUUCUGGGUUCUCACUGAGAGGCUAUACAAAAUCUUUGGAGAAAUAUCCCUUUUAGAUCCUGAUGUAUCACUGAGCAUCAUAUUCCACAAAAAGUAAACUCUUCCUGAAGGUUGGCUGGUGCAAUAAUCUUGUUAGUGGGAUCUUCGCCUGGAGCCAGACUUUGUGCUCCUGGCCCUCUUUUUCUAAACCCAGAAGAAAUUGGUUCUUUGAGAAGCAAACUGAAUUCUCAUGAGACUGAAAGACUUACUCCCAAAGUUCGCACCCAGGGCCAUUGCAAUCCAUGCCAGAUAUCUAAUUCCAUUUUGAGAUCUAUAGUUUUAUUAUCUAUUAUUUCUUUUUUUUUAUGUAGGAGUGUUUAGGGAGUGAUAUUUGAAAACCAGGCACCGCAAAGUAUCUCCUUUUGGGGUGAAGAAGGGCCCCUUCAGCCUGGCUGGGGACACCUGAGAGGGAAUUGCUUCCGAUGCAGUCACCCCUCACACACCUGUGUCUGUGGUCUUCUGAUAAACUGUCCUCUGGGUGACAGGCCAGCAGGAGAUGGAUGGCAAGAACACUGAAAGCCAAAGCCUUAGUACAGGCCUGGGACUGAGUGCUUAUCAGUUCUUACAGUUCAACUUACUAAACAGCUGAAACUAAAAAGAGCGUUAGUUCUCCGUUCUUAGGAAUCAUUCUGCUCUUGUUCGUAAAGGGCUACAGGAAGGGCAGUUUCCUGAAUAAAAAUCCAAAUGUGACCAGACUGUCACAGUAAGUGUCCUCUGAAAGCACUGCUCAGACGUGGGGAGCAUGAAGUUGAGAUCAGAAACACUUUACUAAUUUAGAUUCUGCCAAAUAGAUGGACCCUCCACCCCCAACCUUGCAAUAGGCCGGGACUUGUCCCUGUGCUAGAAGCAAACAGCUGGGCUAACUCACGGCCCAGCCUCUUCCUCCUCUCUCUGAUGCAGAAGGACUUCCUGCUCAACUGGAGCAGAGUGAGCAUCAGUGUCUCCUCUCUCCGUUUCAUCAAGAAGCUAAAGUGUACAGCAUUAGCACAGCCUACAGCUGGGAGCCCAGCAGCCUCUCACUCCCUCUUUGUUCAGGUCUUAACCGUGUUGGGCUUUUUGCAUCUUAGCCUUUUUUAACCACCUCUCACUGAGGAGCUGCUGCUACAUUUCGAGAAAUUUCUCAGUGUCUUAGAAAAGUGCCCCUGCUUAUUUGGAACAUGACACAUACCGCCUGUACUCGCCUAUCUCGGUGGACGAACAGGUUCUGAUGCCACUUCUCCCCAGGGUCUCCCUUUCGGUUUUCCAGGACAAAAAGGAGAUUUUAGGGUCUCUGCCUUAUUGGGCAGAACACCUAAAAUGUCAACAGAACAAAAUUCUCUUUUAACCAUUGGAAGAGGGAGUGAAUAUCACUACUGGGCGCCAGUUGUGUUUGAUGACAAAAUGCCAACUGGACCUCACUGGGGGAGGAGACGAAGUUCUUCCUUGUAAGCAGACUGCCCGUGCCCUGUUCUGCUACUUCACUGCCAUGGGAUGAUCCUAGUACUGUACUUCAGAGUUGCCCUCUCCCGGCAGCGUGUGCUGAAUCGAUGUCUGGCUUCGGGGGGGGGGGGGGGGGGGUUUCAGAUGAAAUCAGUGAGUUCCUCUCACCCAGUUCACAUGACCCUGAAAUGGAGACAGUGGUGACAAACUUCAGCUUAUAAGUUUCUCACCAAACUGUAUGUUGUGUUCCCCAAGAAUUCUUGCACUAAUGGGUUUCCAUCACAUCAUGUCUAUAAAUGGGUGCACUUUACUGUUUGAAUUUGUAACUCUAAUACUGGAUAUUUAAGUGUAAGUAAUGUCUUCAUUAGAAAAUAGCAAAACCGCUCUUGUCUCUUAGUGUGUUUUUCAAGAAAAAA